AUGAAUAAAGGAACGCAACCAAAGACAGCUAGGGAGCUAAAGGACGAGUUGCAGUCGUUAUGGUCGUUGACUUCGAAUUGGCGUCUUAUGCCAAUGGGAAAAGGAUAUUUCACAUUGAAAUUUAACAAUAAGGAAGAUAAAGCAAUUGACAAAUCCCACCUUGCUUGGGAGCUCUCCUCCGGAACGCUGCGACUACGCGAAUGGGUAAGAUUCUUUAAUCCCUAUAAAGAAUCAUCUUCUUUGGCACAAGUGUGGGUACGUAUUUACUAUUUGCCUGUUGAAUUCUGGCACCCGGAGGUUUUGUCGGGGAUUGGCAGAUGGUUAGGGCAACCUCUCAAGAUCGAUGGCAACUCAGUAGAUGACGAUGUUGCUCACUACGCGAGAAUGCUGGUUGAAGUUGAUCUUGCCAACAUGCUGCCUGAAUACAUGACUAUUGAUGGUGGAGACUAUGAGUUCGACAUUGAAUUUUAUUAUGAGUACAUUCCUCCUUUUUGUACGAAAUGUAAAAUGACAGGUCAUGUAGUGGACAAAUGUCGCCGGGGAAAAACAAAAGGAAAGGAAACUGUUGAGCCUGUGAAACAAAAUGAGCCUAACUGGCAAGAAGUAAGAACAAAGGAGCGGCGCCGUGAAGGUGUUAAUGAGGCGUUUGAGCCCUCUAUCGGGGAACAUCCAAAUAAUGAGCUGUCGGGACCGGACCUUCUUGAGGCACUAACCAGGUCUGCUGCUAAAUCGCAGAGUGCUACUCGCUUUGCUAUCUUGGAGGAAGGAGAAGUGUCAGAGAACGCUGAGCAACAUGAGACUGCAGCGGAACAAGAAAGAAGAGACGUUGGACAGGAGCACUUCCAGCAAGAGGUUGUGGAGUUUGAUCAGAGACUAACACCUUUGCCCAACAAGAGUAGGGAUGAACAGUCAGAACAUCAGAGGGUUCAGGUUGGAGCAGUAGGCAACGCUGAGAUUGAGGGACAGAGUUUGGAUCAAAGUAGAGAGUUCUUAGAGUGGGACCAGAGACCAGACAAUACAGAGCUGAACGUACACAACGAAGACAUUACGGGCUUACAAGAACUUGGUGUGAACUCCAAAGAGAACGUUGAACAGAGCAGAGCUACUGAGUAG